GCCAGUUUGACCAUCUGACAGUGUAGUAAGAGGAGGCAUGCUGUACACACUCCUCAGACUGAAGAUGCUCACACUGAUGUGGAUUAUAGCAAUGCUUUGUGAUAAAUCUGCAGAUUCAACAGAUGCAAAAAAUCAACCAAACCCAGUGAUCACUGCUCGUAUCGGUGAUAAUGUGAUUCUGCACUGUUUUCGACCAAGAGAGAACACAGAUGACAUCGCUUGGUACAAGGAAAAAGUAGGACACAAGCCUCGUGUAAUGGUCAGAGUUCUACAGGAACCAAAAUAUGAAGAUGAGUUCAAUUCUUCAAGAUUCAGCAUCGAGAAAGAAAAAAUGAGCUGCCAUUUAAAAAUCUCUAAUGUGCAACCGUCUGAUGAAGCCAUGUAUUACUGUGGAUUUAGAGAGUUUUUUACAAGGUUUAGAAAUGGAACAUUUUUAUCGGUAACAGGUGAUGGAGAUGUAAAAGUGUCAGUAUCACAGAGCAGUGUGUUGGACUCGGUUCCUGCAGGAGCGUCAGUGACUCUGCAGUGCUCGGUUCUCUCUGAGAGCAGAGCAGCAGAACUCCAAGUGCUCUGGUUCAGAGCUGCUCCACCACAAUCCCAUCCUCAAAUCAUUUACACUCAUCACAACAGCAGCCAUCAGUGUGAGAGCGGCUCUUCUACACACACCUGUGUGUACAACUUCUCCAAGAACAUCCUCAGCCUCAAUGAUACUGGGACUUACUACUGCGCUGUGGCCGCGUGUGGGAAGAUCAUUUUUGGAAACGGGACACGAGUACAACUGGAGAGUUCUGUGGAUCCUGUAGUGAUCUGCCUCGCUCUAGCUUUGGGAAUGUGUGUCAUCGUGAUCUUUGCAUUGAUGUUUGUUGUAACUCGUAAAGACAGAAACAUGAUGAGACGCAAGCAAGGUUCUGUGAUAGACAAGACCCUCAAUCAGGAUGGUGACAGUAUGGAGAUGAAUUACGCUGCCUUACAUUUCAUUGAGAGGGGAACCAAAAGAGGAAGAACAAAGAAACACCAAUCGCAAGAUGUUAUAUAUUCUGAUGUGCGAAAUCCUACUGUAACUUAA